AUGGGUCACCACCACGGCGGUGUGGGGUGCUGCUGCGAGCUCUGCGGCGCGCCGGCGGCCGUGCACUGCGCGGCGGACGCGGCCUUCCUCUGCGCCGCCUGCGACGCCAAGGUGCACGGCGCCAACUUCCUCGCGUCGCGGCACCGCCGCACGCGCCUCCUGGACCUCGCGGCCGCCGCGGGGGCGCCGGACGAGGAGGACGGGUACGACUCCGCGUCGUCGUCAGCGGCGCCACCACGGCGGAGGAGGAGGCGCGCGCCGGCCGGGAGCGGGAGCCCGAGCCCGAGGCACCCCCCGUGCGCGCGGCGCGCCGAGGCGGUGCUCGAGGUGUGGACCAAGCGGACUUUGGGCCUCGCGGCGGGGUCGGCGGCGGCGCGCCGGCGCGCCGCGGCGGCCGCGCGGGAGCUCCGGGCCUGCGCCCACGACCUCGCCUCCGCGCGCGUCCCGCCACGCGUCGCUAUGGCCGCCGCGCUGUGGCGGGAGGUGGCGGGGCGCGGCGGUGGGAUCGGCGUCGGCGGCCACGGCGAGGCGCUGCGGCGGCUGGAGGCGUGCGCGCACGUGCCGUCGAGGCUCGUGGUGGCGGUCACCACGUCCCUGGAGCGCGCACUCGAACGCGCACGCGCGCGCAGGCGGAGGAGGGCCGCCACGGACGCCGUGGAGGGUUGGGACGAGUGCGCGUGGGCCGGGCCCAAGUCCAGCCCGGCACGUUCUUGA